AGGUCGUGGAGCCGUCGGCUGUGGCCUCCUUUGCAGAUGGGCUCAGUGGCCUAGCGCCCAGGUCCCCGCCGUCCGUGACUGAGCGCCGAGGCCCGCGAGGGGUUGCCGCCGAGGUUUCCAACAGCCCACAAGCAAGAGCAUGGCAGCCAUCCCCUCCAGCGGCUCGCUUGUGGCCACCCACGACUACUACCGGCGCCGCCUGGGCUCCACUUCCAGUAACAGCUCCUGCGGAAGUGCUGAGUACUCUGGGGAAGGCAUCCCCCGCCACCCCGGCCUCCCCAGAGCUGACCCGGGACACUGGUGGGCUAGCUUCUUUUUCGGGAAGUCCACUCUCCCAUUCAUGGCCACAGUGUUGGAGUCCCCAGAGCACUCAGAACCAGCCCAGGCCUCCACCGGCAUGAUCACCUGUGACCUGGCUCAGGAAGCCGUGGGGAAGCAGCAGCCUGGCGGCCAGCCUGGCCAAACCAACUACAGGCCCCCGUCCUGAGCGGCCACCACCAGCUGCUGGGCUUCCUCCCAAGGCGCUAGGCUCAUCAGAGCGCCCCCUCCUUCCCCUCCCUGAGAGUGAGCAGGCUGCAGCCAACAGAAGCAGUUGGGUUUUUAAUAUCAAAACGGCAAAACACCAAAAAGGAAGUUGAGAGAACUCCACUCUUUACGAUCCAAGCCACAUGAGAGCCUUCCCGGCACCCUCUGACCUGUGCCUUGCACCGAGUGGAAAAUAAACUCCAAGCAGCCAGCAGCCACAUGGUGUGUGUGUGAGCUCCAUGCCACCCCCACCCCCAUGGGAGAAGUCACCAACCCCUCAAACUUCUCACUUCCUGGGCGAUGGGGAGCUGGCCCUGCUCCCUGGGCCUUCCUGGGGUCCCUCCCUAGGGGGCCACCUCUGAGAUCUGACUCAGGUUCACGUGCGCAGACAGCUCCGGUGAGUGUGGAGCCUUGUAUCUGAGAAGAGGUGGGGUGCCUUGCUAUUCUGGGGAGCCGGGGAGAGCAGGCAGUCCCAGGGCAGCCACUGAGGUCAGG